GGAGGCCACUUUUGCGCACGUGACCAAAUGCGGUCAAGUACACUGCCCGAUUGGACCAAAAAUGCUCCUUUGAUAAACUGACGACUGUGAGUUGUCCUUUGAUGUGAUAAUGUGCUGGUCCAGUCGACGGAUCAAAAAAUCUUGCUUGUAAGGGAACGCGGAGCAUCUUGCCGUUACCGAGCGCCCACCGAUACGAUGCCGACGACGAGACGCUUGAUGUGUCGGAACUCCAAGCUUGGAAUCACGGCCACGUUAAUGUUGCCUCCAAACGCGGUCCUGGAAGGCGUCGCGUUCCCGCAGCCGCAGCCGCAGCCGCAGCCGCAGCCGCAGCCGGCCGCAGCCGUUAAUAACGCCAAGGUGGGUACCCGCGACUCGCCGAAGCCGAGACCCGGCGCCCUACCGGAGGUGAAACGUCGCCCUGAAGGCUCGCCGCAGCUCCGGACCCCCGCCGAGCCCGACGUCCUGCGCACCGACACAAGGCGACUUAUCGGCCGCUUUCUCAGUGACUUUACCGGGUUGACCGCGGCUACUUGGAUCCAAAGCAAAGCCCAGUCGACGAUGAAAAGGGUCGUGGGCCGACUCGUCGACAAACACAGCAUCAGAUACAGUGGCGUCAUCAACCGACUGGCAUUGGACGGAAGAGGGCGCGACAUGGCGUUCGUCAGCGAGGUGGCCCGGAUUCAGUUUGGAGACGGGACUACCAACUGGGGUCGCAUCGCCAGCCUGGUGGCCUUCGCCGCCGUGGUGUCUCGGGCCUUGAAGGAGAAGCGGCGGGAGAGCUGUGUGGAGCUGGUGGCCCAGGAGGUGUCCACCUACCUGCUGUCACACCAGCGCACCUGGCUAGUGCAGCACAACGCUUGGGACGGCUUUGGAGAAUUCUUCGAGGAAGAUGACCUGGAGUCUAGACUGAGGAACGUCCUCUCAGCCUUUGUCGGUUUGGCCUGCGUCGCUGCAGCGCUGCUCCGUUUGUCGCGGUGAAGUCCGAGGACGCUUGGCGUGCCACGUUUCAGCUUUGUGUCGUUGCGCAAUCGCGCGUCGAUUGGUUUGUUACGGCCUUAAGUGCGCUUGUUUUCGCACGAGAAUGCAAAUAUGUUCAACAAUAACUUGGGAUCACCUUGUUCGUGCUUCUGUGUGUCUUAUUACCCAUUCGCCGUUCAGCCCAAUUUGUUGUUACUGUUGCUCUUUGAGUGUCCUUUCUUUAGCGGCAAAGAAUUUGCUAAAAAUAAGUUUAUAUAUCAUACAAAGGUAGUUAUUCUGGUGGAAAUGUUUUUGCAAGAAUGCAAGCCUGUGUUCAGCGAUUCACUGCAUAUUCAAGUCAAGAAUGUAUUUUUGUUAUUGUUGACUGACUGUUAAAAUGCCAAAUAGUUUUUAUGAAAAGAUUAUUGAAAUGCAUGUGUUCCAAAAAAUAAUCACUUUGCCCAUUCAAUGGGGGGGGGAAUGCAUUUUUGCACUAAAGCUAACUUUUGAGAUGCAUGUGUCCGUUUUUAAAAUUGUGUUUUUUUUAUUGAUUCAUUUUUGUGGUUGACAAAAUAUGUUGUAAAUAAUAUAUUGUACUUUAAACGUGACUGAAGUGACCUUAUUUUUACUACUGUACCUGUUGGGAAGUCUAUUGUAUUUUUGUAAAGAUAAA